AUGGACGGUCCUCUCCAACAGGACAGGCGUAUUAGAGAUAGAGAGAGAGAAUACCAGCAAGGCAGAAGUCACAAAAUCUUUGAUAACCUAAUCACUUUUACUGUAUUCUCUUGGUUAGGAGCAACCAAGCCCCAGCCAACACUCAAGGGGAGAAGAUUACACAAGGGCAGGAAUACCUGGAGGCAGCGAUCAUUGGAGCCAUGUCAGAAUCUGCCCAUCAUAGCUGGUUUGCACAGAACAAGUUAUACUUCCAUCUUUCCAGAUGCCUUUAAUUACCUGCCCGUGGCCCUGCGAGACACUGGCCAUAAUAGCCUGGACCAGAAUGAUGCCUGGGGCUCAGCCCUAUUAGAUGCUGUGACCCAGGUAGUUUGA